GGGACCAAGGUUGGAGACCCCUGUGCUAUAGCAAAAAAUCACUGAUUAUUUGUUUUAAGCCAUCCCAGUGAAUGUCCAUCUUGUGAAAAUCAAUUCCACAAAGGAGCAGGGCAAAGCAUAAUACAGGUAGUCCUCCACUUACGGCAGUUCAUUUAGUGACCAUUCGAAGUUACAAGGGCAUUGAAAAAAGUGGCUAUUUUUCUCACACGCUGCAGCAUCCUCUUGGUCACGCGACCAGAAUUCAGGUGUUUGGCAGCUGGCUCGUAUUUAUGAUGGUCGCAGUGUCCCAGGGGUCACGUAAUCCCCUUUUGCGACCACCUGAUCAGCAAAGUCAACGAGGAAGCUGAUUCGCUUAACAACUGCAGUGAUUCCCUUACCGACGGCGGGAAGAAAGGAAAAAGCUCCUGAAAUUUCCUAGUGUGGACCAGGUCAAGAAGACCAUGUGGCAGGACGAAUACUUAGAGAACCUGAACCCUCUGCGGGGAGCUGUGGAUAUGAUGGGACUUUCGACUCAAUUUCUCGGCGUGUCCCUGGUCCCAAAAGACACGGUGAAAUGGGACCAAUCCUACGCCGCCAGCCUCAUCGGCAGCGUCCCCACCAUGCUGGAGAUCUUGGAAGACACGGGCUUCUUCCUCCUCCUCGGCCAAUUCUGCGCCCUUUUGAAGGGGUUGCAAAGCACCGGCCUUCUCCUCACCUCCGAUGAGUGGAAGCAGCAGCCUUCAGAAGGAGGAGGAGUUUUGAAGAAGCUGGAUCCCUUCUUCAGGAUGCUGGUCCAUCUUAGUCCGUGGAAGAUCUACCACAGCUUCUGGAGUCUCCGAGAUUUCCUGGAGAAGGUGGAAGACGAAGACUGGGAGGGACAAAACUGUGUGAAAUACCUGUCCGUCGUACAACAGGGCUUGGAAGGCCUGGAGCCCGAGAAGACACUCAAUUGCUUUGAGGGACUUCAUGACUUCCUCAACUACCAGCAACAGAGCCUGGCGUGGUUAGAGUCUCAUCCCGAAGUUCACGAGAAACUGGGCCACCUCAAUUUCUUUCCAACGUUGGCCUUGCUCAAGAAGAUCAUGGAGGUCGGAAUGGAAUAUUUCAACGACUGCCUGAUCGACCUGCAAGAAGUUCUGGAAGAUCUCAACGAGGUGGAAGCCAUCGUCCCGUCUCCGGAUGACUUGGAUAUGUACUAGAAGAUCCAUCUUCUAGGGGUCGGCCUCUUUAUCGCCGGCCCCUUAUCGCUUGACGACCGCCCAAAAAUUGAUGCUCCAAUCCUGGGCCUUGAAUGACUACGCUUCAAACCACAAAAACCCAAGCUUUAUUAAGUGAAUUAAUUGGAAUUUGAUUAAUUUACUCGUAACUCUGUAAACCAGCGACACCCGGAAGUGACCGCCGUAUUUCUCUUGUGAGUCUUCUUCUGCACCCCGUUUUUAACUGGGAGUUGAAUGCCUCUGUGCAAUUGCU